AGAACUACAAGAUAUAUUAAAUGAGUUCAGAGAAGACAACCUGGACCUGCAUACAAGUAUAACUGUCAUUGCACGUCGCAAACACAUUUUUAGGAGUGCGUGUUUGGCCUUGUCAAGAGGCUACUUUGAAUGGCACAAAACUCCUAAUGUUGAGUUUGUGGGAGAAAUGGCAGCGGACUAUGGAGGCCCAAGAAGGGAGUUUUUCAGACUCCUCAUGAUUGAGCUCCAAGAAAACAUUGGAAUUUUUGAGGGCAAACCUGGGGAGCUGCUCUUCAGUUACGACCAAAAAGCUUUAGCUGAUAAGAAGUUCUACACGGCAGGAAAACUGAUCGCCUGGUCCAUAAUCCACAAUGGACCAGGCAUCAAAUGUUUGAACCAGGAGCUGUUUCUCACAAUGUGUGGCCAGAAACCCAGCCUGGCCACAUUUGAUGUUGGAAACCUAAUGGAAAGCGAUGUUGCAGAAAAGCUAACAAAGGUUGUCAGGUGCAGCACUGCAGAGGAGCUGGGAGAAAUAAAAAGCACUCUAGGGGACUGGAUCUGUGACUGUGGCGUGCCAACCAUUUUUACGGCAUCAGUGGGUGAUCUGCCCACAAUUUUUGGGCAGUUGGUAACGCACUACAUCUACCACAGAGUGGCCAGUAUGAUUCAGCAGUUUAUUGCUGGAAUAAACUCCUGUGGCCGUUUGUGGGAGGUGGUUUGCCAAAAUGCAACAGUUUUCCUCCCCUUGUUUACAAACACACGACAAAAAUUGAAAAGAAAUGAGGUCAGAGACCUUUUUGAAGUUCUUUGGAGUGAUUCCGGGAGCAACAAAAGAGACCAGGAGGAGGACACUGUCUUCCAGUGGGAGUGCUGGCUGAUGUCAAUUCAAGAGGAAGAUGUGGGGAUAUCCUUUGAGGAUCUCUUAGUAUUUGUCACUGCAGCAGAUUCUGUCCCUCCACUGGGGUUUCAGGGAAAGUGCACAAUUAAUUUCUAUGAACAGGAAGAAGGAAUAAGAAGAAUUCCUUAUGCCUCAACCUGUACCCUGACUCUCUACCUACCAAGAGGUGUGUCUGAGGAGGAUGAAUUCAAAGACCUGAUGUACACUGCAAUUAAGGGGUCUCUUGGAUUUGGAAAGGUUUAAAAAUUACUUGUUUAAUAAAUGAUUACUAAUGUUUUUGCAAACAUCUG